AAAUCGCAAAUUUAAAUUUGAUCUCAUCAAAAACCAAAGAACCGCAGCGCAUGCAUCAACGUUCCGCAAUGGGAUUAUUAAUAAAUAUUAUAAAAUGGCUAAUGCUAUUUGCUGUUGUCACAGCAUACUCUUCCUCCACAGCCUUGGCUGUCAAUCCACCCGAUGCCGACCAAAAAGGACCCGUCUUCUUAAAGGAACCCACCAAUCGCAUUGACUUCUCCAACUCCACUGGCGCCGAAAUUGAAUGCAAAGCUAGCGGUAACCCAAUGCCUGAAAUUAUCUGGAUUCGUAGCGAUGGCACCGCUGUGGGUGAUGUACCCGGUUUGCGCCAAAUCUCAUCGGAUGGCAAAUUGGUAUUCCCUCCAUUCCGUGCUGAAGAUUAUCGCCAAGAAGUCCAUGCCCAGGUGUAUGCCUGUUUGGCUCGCAAUCAAUUUGGUUCGAUUAUAUCGCGUGAUGUACAUGUUCGUGCCGUCGUUUCACAAUUCUACAUAACCGAGGCCGAAAACGAAUAUGUCAUCAAGGGCAAUUCAGCGGUUAUGAAAUGUAAAAUACCCUCAUUUGUUGCCGAUUUUGUACACAUUGAGGCCUGGGUCGAUGAAGAGGGUGUUGAACUAUGGCGUAAUAAUUCAACACAGGCUUAUGAUGGCAAAUACUUGGUUCUGCCCUCUGGAGAAUUGCACAUUCGUGAAGUCGGCCCCGAAGAUGGUUACAAGAGUUAUCAGUGCCGCACCAAACACAGAUUGACCGGUGAAACCAGAUUGAGUGCUACCAAGGGACGUUUGGUGAUUACAGAACCAGUUGGUAGGGUAUCACCAAAAUUCCCCUCCCAACAAGUAAGCAGUACCUUUGUAGCGGCCUCAUAUCAAAGUUUAACAUUACUGUGUCCGGCUCAAGCCUAUCCGGCACCGGUAUUUAG